GCCCAGAGACCACUCUUCUCUAUCAUUAUGCCCUUGAAUAGAUGAGGCUGUGCAAAGUCCUUUGCUCUUAAAUGUGUUGCUGUCGUUGAGGAUAUUUGGAGAUUUUGUCUUUUUUUUUUCCUUCAGGUUUUGUCUGCGUUGGUUUUAUUUUUCGGGGGCAGACACAAUGGCUUUCUUUAUGAAAACUAUGAUAAGUAACCAGGUAAAGAAUUUAGGAUUUGGUGGCGGGUCUGAAGAAAAAAAAGAAGAAGGAGGUACCUCUGAUCCUGCAGCAGCUCAUGGGAUGACUAGAGAGGAAUAUGAGGAAUAUCAAAAGCAAAUGAUUGAGGAGAAGAUGGAAAGAGAUGCUGCGUUUACACAAAAAAAGGCAGAGAGGGCAUGCCUCAGAGUUCAUCUCAGAGAAAAGUACAGACUCCCGAAGAGUGAAAUGGAUGAGAACCAAAUCCAGAUGGCUGGAGAUGAUGUGGAUUUGCCUGAAGAUCUCCAGAAAAUGGUAGAUGAAGAUCAAGAAGAGGAAGAAGAUAAGGAUACUAUUCUUGGGCAGUUCCAGAAUCUUCAGAACAUGGACUUGGACACCAUCAAAGAAAAAGCCCAGGCCACCUUCACAGAAAUCAAGCAGACAGCAGAGCAGAAGUGUUCUGUGAUGUGAGGGGCGGGGCAGGGAUGGAGGAGGGAACGAGGUCAAGGCGGAAGUGACCACUCUCCCAUGGAGCGUUUUGAGCAGCGUAUACUUUAACCUAGUGAACACAGUUAGAAACACCAUGAUGAUAAAGCUCUCUACAAACAUGAAGACACCAACUUGAUGUUCUAAAUGUUCCUGGUAGAGCAUUUAUCUAGCACCUUGCAACAGG